AUGAGUUUCAAUGGCGGAAUAAAAAGUAACGUGAUACCCAUUUACGCAGAAGCCAAUAUUAAUCACAGAAUUCACCCUCUGCAAGAUCCAAAAGAGAUUUUAGAAUUUGAUGAUCAAACCAUAGGAGAUUCAAGGGUUAAAAUAGUUUCAGAUGAAAUUCCUAUACGUAGUCCUAUUUCCGAUUACGACACCAAAGCUUUCAAAAUAAUCGAAGCGACUAUCUUGGGAAUAUUCAAUGAAACUAUAGUUGUACCAGCCAUUUUAAUGGCCAGCACAGACUCCAAACAUUUUUCCGGAAUCGUAGAUAACAUAUACAGAUUCUCUCCUCUAACAAUGACUGUAGAUGAUUUGCCGAGAGUACACGGUGUCAACGAGAGAAUUUCCGUGGCCGAUUUUCAUAACUGCAUAAAAUUUUAUUAUGACUUGAUCGAACAGGUAUCGGGAUUCGUAAAAGUUCCAAAAGAUUCAAAAAGAAGAGAGAAAAUAAAAUAA